AAAACAGGUUAUAAUGGGCCAGAUGAUUUCAUUGGGCCUGGUCGUAUAAAAUAGAGGCCCAUGGAUCGUCAAAUAAUUCGAUCGUCUUCCUUAUCUUUAUCUCCAGGAGCUGCAGCUCAGUCGAACGACAGAGAGAGAGAGAGAGAGCUCGGCAGCUAUGGCGACUUCAGCAGUUUCGUCCACUCUAUUUUACUCCCCAAUUUGCUCCAAAUCACUGUCGAAAUCCAACCGUUCAUCAUCUCUUGCGUUCUGUGGGAAGUUACCGGGCAAUGCGACGGCGAUUGUCACGCGUGGGAGAGAUCGCGAGAGAGCGCCGACGGUAAAGGCACAAACUUUUGAUUUCUCCGGCUCGUUUUAUCAAGGUGGAGGAAAGGAUUUCGACGAUGAACCGCCAUCGACGGGAGGAACCGCGACGGCGGUGGAGGAAAAGGAGGCCCCUCCCUGCCCACCUGGGCUACGCCAGUACGAGACCAUGGCGGUCCUGAGACCGGACAUGUCCGAAGAUGACCGGCUUACUCUUACCCAGAAGUACGAGGAGUUGCUAGUUGCUGGGGGUGGGAUGUAUGUGGAGGUAUUCAACAGAGGGGUGAUUCCACUAGCCUACAGCAUCAGGAAGAAGAACAAAGCCGGGGAGACCAACACUUACUUGGAUGGGAUCUACCUCCUCUUCACUUACUUCACCAAACCGGACUCCAUUACCGCUCUUGAAUCGACAUUGCAGGCCGAUGAUGAUGUGAUUCGAUCAACUACCUUCAAAUUCAGGAAGAGGAGGUACUAAGAGAGUUUAAUCUUGUUCCAGUUCCAUACCCUCUUGCUCGCGACACACUCAAGAGAGACGUUGAGGCUACGAGAGUAAGCAAUGCAGUGUAGUGAUCUCACAGUUUGUAUUCCUUCAAUUUUGAUUUGAUUUUUCUGUAAUGUAAUCAAUCCAAUCAACAACUUCUGGAACAUCAUCAUCUGUUACUUCGAGUCGAUCACCCUCAACAUUGUUGGUGUGGAUGGAUGUGAUCUAUGUACAAAUUUUGGAACCCUAUCAUGAUUACUACAUGGCAUCACUUUGAACAGAGCUUGUACCAUCCCAAUUCUACUGUCAGCCUGUCGCAAAAGAAACCUUAACCAGUGAAAGCUAGGAACUGCUCUCAGCUGGUCCUAUUACUUUGGUUACUUCAAGGCCCCAGCACUGCUAAUUGCUGUGACUUCUCCUUCGGUUUCUGCACAGGCUGUGGUGCAGAGCAACCCGUGUUCUAGAUCUCGGCAUCGAGCAGGGUUAGGUUAAAAUUCUCCCUUGUUAAUGCAGCUAGUUUCAGCCAGCUAAUGGAUAAGCAUGCAUAUUUGAUCCUAUUGCUUCAAUAGAACUAAAUCUAUCCAUACUAAAUCAUACUUUUUCACCAACUGAGAAAGCAAAGGGGCAAGAAAGUUUGUACCUUGUUUUCCCAGUAUCUAAAGGCGAUGGCUUUACUCAUGAAACAAUCAUUUUCCUGGCCAAUGAAACAACACGGGGAUAAAGGCAAGAAGCAAGUAGAAGGGGAGAAUAUAUAUCUCUACACAUAGCAGCCACACAGAGGUAGAAGGGAGGAUUUUACAAAGGGACGAUGGUGGUAUAGCUGCACUUUUGGGACUAAAAGUUCAUUUUUUUUAAGAUUAGAAGUGAAAAAGGGGGAAGAAGAGAUGAUUCCAAAUCGCAACAGAGGCAGACAUAGUGGGACUGCUAGAAGAUCUUAUCUCAUAUGAAUGAUAUGCCCACUUUGUGUGAGUGUGCUUCGAAGGGAGGCUCUGUCUUGCCUUUCCUGAUCCACCCACCAACACCAGUAGAGAUUUUCCUACAGUGAAGCUGAAAGGCGACACUUCCCCAGCAAAUCAAACUGGUUUCCAGCAUGGUCCAUGAAACCGUACCGUAUCGGCGGUUCAACCAAAAAAUACCAGUAUUGGAGGCUAAACUGGUAGGCGGUAUUUAACGGUACUAACGGUUCAACUACGAUUAAACCACGGUUUUGCCAUAAAAUACCCUACCACUGAAUUUUUCGAUACAGUCUCUGAUACGGUGUCAUGGACCAUACCAUGAUUUCCAGGGGAAAAGAUGCUACCUUUCUUCCAUCAAGUAGGCUCAUAUAAAAAUCACAGCGUGAUGAACAAUUGGAUCCACUUCCUCCAGCAGAUCAAAGAUAUUUGGUGAUCUUGUUAAUCUAGUAAGUGGGUGAAGAAGAAAAAGUGUAUUCUUCUUCUCAAUCCUCAUCAUGAUUAAGAAAAAGAAAAUAUGAAUUUGGCAUGGCAUGGCAUGUUUAUCAUAAUAAAGUUUACUGCAUCUUUCGGAUAGGGACUUGGCCACUUUGGCACAUAUGACUGUUGAGCCCUAGAAGCUCAUCUCAUCACACUAGUUUUACCUGAAUAAUAAUUCUGUUAAUGCUUCUAGUGGGUAAUGACAAUUGAAUACAAUAAAAAAAAUUCUGUUAAGAUCGAGCAUAACUUUCUCCCAACAACUCGAGUUAUUGGGACCAACUAGUUUAUAACAAAUCCAACUUCUAAGAAGAAGACCAUUUUAAAGCCAUUAUCAAAUUUGGUUAAAUGUCACAUUUGGUCACUGGGAUUAUUAAAUCAUGUCAUCUCUAGUCACUAGAAAAAAUUAAUAUCAAUUUUGGUCACUUGAAUUACUAAAACAAGUCACAUUUAGUCACUCUCCCAUUAGCCUCCGUCCAACUCCGGUCACUCGGAUUAUUAUUUUUUUAUUUAUGAAUGUCACUCGAAUUACUGAAACAUGUCACAUUUAGUCAAUCUUCGUUAGCAUUCGUCCAACUCCAUUAACGGAGUUGAAUGGAAACUAACGGGAGAGUGACUAAAUGUGACAUAUUUCAGUAAUUCGAGUGACCAAAGCUGAUAUUAAUUUUUCCUAGUAACUAAAGAUGACAUGAUUUAAUAAUUUGAGUGACCAAAUGUGACAUUUACCCUAUCAAAUUUUGAUUCAAUCAAGAUCACACAUAACUCAUCAAAUCAAUAGGUCUCCAAACAUAACAAGAUAGAAAUCGAUUCAUAUCCUUAGAAGUAGUUUCCAAGUUUUACAUAUAGUGCUCAUUUAGGAGCAUGCUACUGGUGUUCAUGUAAAUGUAAUGAUUAAAAGGGCAAUAGAAUAGUGAAAAUGAAAAAGAAGUGUUCAAUAAAGCACCAACUCGACUCGUUGUUGUUUUGGCCAAAUCCAAAUUCAUUAUGGAAACCGUUCCUUUACUUUUAGUGAAGCAUUGAUACUGUUAAUAUUUUACAGUCAUGACUGAAAAGUGUAGCACUUUGUGUGUAGAACAAUGUUCAACAGUAAUAUUUCUCAGGGAAAACAAGUGAAAGAAAUGGCCUCCCAAUCCAACCCCGAUUCUAAUUUUUAAAAAAAAUUAUCUACAAAA